AUGGACAUUAGCGAGUUUGAUCCGUUAUCAGCAAAGGACAAGACCACCAAGGCACCAGAAAGCACGGGCGCGCAGACCAAAUCUGAUGAAAUAGAGGAUAGCAAUGAAGAGCACUUGCCAUUAAUUGUCCAGGAGAGACGAGGCUCGUUGCCAAAACCGGAUCCCGCCGCUGAUGAAGGGCUUCCUUUCAACUUUCAUCAGUUUCUGGAUGUUCUUAGGCAAAAGCAGGCAGAGCCCAUUGCAAAGUAUGUGAAGUCGUUUCUCCAAGAGUUUUGUAAGAAGAGCUGGUCUGCUAAAGAGCAGGUCAAGAUUAUUGAAGAUUUCAGGAUCUUUAUUUCUACUAAAAUGGGGGAGAAUCCUUUAUUCAACACACCUCAAGGCAAGUCAACUUUGAACAGUCGUGAGGGCAUUGAAAAACUCAUCAUGAACCGCCUAUACACACGUACGUUCUCCCCGAAGAUGCCGAGAGUUCUCCGCAGGGAUGAUCAUGAAGAGGAUCUACUGCAUGAUAAAAUUUUGGGGGAAAAACUGAGAAUUUGGAGCUGGAUUGAGGGCAGGCAUCUUGAUCUGGACAACGAGUUCUUGGAGUCCAACAAGUCGUUCAUUAAAUUGGCUUCAAGCGAACUCAAGAAGAUCAAUGAGCACCGGGCGCCCAGAGAUAAAGUCAUUUCCGUGUUGAACUGCUCUAAAGUCGUUUGGGCAAUGAUUCGACAGGCAAAAAUGGAGCAGAAUGCAGACUCAUUUCUACCAAUUCUAAUUUACGUCACACUCAAGGCCCAACCGCCAUUCCUGAUGUCGAACAUAAACUAUAUCAAUCGCUUCAGGGAUGCUGAUAGGAGACAAGGUGAAACAGGAUACUAUCUGUCCAUGCUCGCGUCUGCAGCUGCAUUUAUUGAAUCUGUCGACAAGUCAAGUCUGACAAUAGAUGAUGAAGAAUACGAAGCGAAACUUGAAGAAUCAGUCAAAAGAGAAACCGAGCGGCGGACUCUGAAUGAAGGUAUGGAAGAAGAGCCUGAUCUCUAUCCGUCCUCCGUUUUGGCUGCUUCAGCCGAGCUGCUUGUCGAGCACUUCAAAUCUUUCACGACCAAAUUGUUCGAGGGUGACAGCAACGUUCCUUCCCCUCCACCUGAGUCGCCGGAAGAAGAGGCUGCGAAACAGGCAUCAGCGGAAGAGUAUCACGCUCAGCAACUUCGCGAGCAGGAAUUCGCCGAUGUGCUGGCCACGUUGGUUGAAAUGUUCCCUACUCUCGACACGGAGGUCAUCGAAGACGUCUUGCGGGAACGCGGGGUUAAUAUUGGGUCUGCGAUCGAUACAUGUUUAAUGUUGGUUGAAUAA